ACCAAGUUUUUUAGACCGACAGGGGUUAUCUGGGAAAUAGAGGAAAGAGCAUCCCGGGCAUUGGGGACAAUCACACGUAUAAGAAAAGUUUGUUCCGGCAACGUAGUGGUUAAUUCUGGCGAGUGUAGCAAGUGCUUGUGACAGUGGCCGUGUCCUGGACAUUGCCUCUCUUGAUGCUCGCCACUCUUCCAGUGGCGAAGACACCACUCCCAAAAUUGGAUGUUGGCCCUGAUGAUGGGACACCCACGUUGAGUUUGGAAGGAAAAGUACACGGGGGAAAGAGGCUUUUAAGUGCAAAGGGUGGAAAGGGUGAUAGGGUUAGAGGUGUUUGGAAGAGGGACGGGUGAAAAAAGAUUGAGGCCCAACUGGGGAAAGGUGUGUUAGGGAGUCGUUGAUAGAAAAUUUACACAUAACAGUUGGAGACAUACCUGAGCAGCCUGUCACAAGGCCGACCUAACUAAGUUGAGUGGGUCAUAAGGACAAGAAGGAAAGCAUUCAAGGGCACAAUGUCUGCUGACGCUGGAGUGAUCUGAGAAAACUACAGAAAAGGCAGAAUCUGUGGGCCUGGGAAAAUCAGCAGGUUUUGCUCAGAGAAAAGGGAGCAGGGCGUCCCAGAGUCCAGACCAUUAAGGACAAAGGAGUGGCAACAGAAAAAAGGAGGGCUCUUAUAUGACAGGGUCUCCAAAAAUAUAACUGGAACUGAGGAUUUGACAAGAUUAAAGCUGCAGGAGAAUGGACAGUGAGGUACAGAGAGAUGGCAGGAUCUUGGAUUUGAUUGACGAUGCUUGGCGAGAAGAUAAGCUGCCUUACGAGGAUGUUGCGAUACCACUGAAUGAGCUUCCUGAACCUGAGCAAGACAACGGUGGCACCACAGAAUCUGUCAAAGAACAAGAAAUGAAGUGGACCGACUUGGCCUUACAGUACCUCCAUGAGAACGUUCCCCCCAUAGGAAACUGACACCUGGCUCCUUUUUCAUAGACAGAUUUUUUUUUUCUUAAUUCACAGAUACAAACUGUUUUCUUUCAGUCUCCUAAUUUAAAUCUUUUAAUGAUAGAUCACUCAAAAAUGUACACCCACUUAGUUUGUGGCAGCAAAGUGCAAUGUGGAAAUACCAGAACGAGAAACUGAUCGAGAUUUCUCAGGAAUGCAGAAUAUUUGGCUCUUUGAACCUAAAGUUCUUCAUUCGCUAGCUUGUGUUUAAACAUGUUUAGUUAAACAUUUGCCUUGAACUCUAAUUUUGCUUUACUGUCAGAGUUUAACACUUCCCAACUACUUAUCUUUGUCCUGUGACAGAUCGAUUAAAGGUAUGAAAGAAAAAGGCUGAGAAAGAGAACGCCGACAUAAGGAGAAACGCCCCUGCGUAGAGAAGCAGUCUGAGUGGCUGUGUAUGAAGAGGUGUGAUGGGUAUUCAGAAGCCCAUGCACUGACUGCUGGGACCUUUGGCUAGAUGGACCACUGGUUUCACCCAGUAAUGGAAUUUAUUUUCUCAAAGCCCUUUGAGAUGUAACUGAAAUACUAGGGAGUGAGUCCUCAGUUAUACAUUUAUAUGAAAACUUGUAUUUUGCAAAACGCAUUCUUUUAUGUUUAUCUUUGGAUUUAUUUGCCUCCAUUAAGUGGUGUCUGUCUUGUUGUGUUCUAUCCAGAUUGUAAACUCUGGGAAGAGGCCCUGACUCAUAUUCCUGUAUCCCUCAUGGAAAACACUGAAUAAUUGAAAUUUCUCUUCUCAUCCUUUUUCUUUUACUGGCUCUUUCUGUGUACCCAUCUUUUAGGGGGAGGAAGUAUAUCACAAAACAAGUGAGCUGAUUUUAGAAUUUCAAGCAGAAACAUGGUUGUGGCAACUUGCCCAUAACCCAGACACAUCCAGGCUAAUCUUCCUGUGCAUCAGUGCCCUGCCUUGAAGUCAUUCAUCAAAGGCACCAGUCUCUCAACCAAAGAAAACAGUAGAAAAGAGAAUUAGGAUGUUGAGAAAGCUUUAUGCCAUGAGAAAACAAAGCUUUUCAAAAAAACUAAAGUGUUACGUUCUUCCACAUUCUAGCUAAAUGAGAGGUUUACUACAACUUUUCUUGUGGUAUGUAAUGUCUAAAACACUGACAUCUAGGAACUUAGUAGAUGUUCAUGUGAAUCCAGCCUUGCUUGUAGGCUCAGCCUUUCCCAGGAAUAUUAGACGAGUAAACAAGGAAAAUUGUCUUGAUUUCACUGAAUAAAAGUAUGAUACCUGUAAGGUAGACCAUUUUCCGUUUA